GAAUCUGAGUGGGAAGAUACGAUUGAUAAAUUAAUUAAUUACGCUGCGAUAGGUGCCGAGAUUUUGUGCUAUUUAUAAAUAAAUAGUAUAUACGAAUUACUUUUCAUAUCAAGCGUCUGAGUAACACCAGCUUCGCAAUGCCGCUGCCGCUGUUGGAAGCUCAAUGCGCCGCACAGAGCAUUGGUCCCUUCAAUACUAUGGUCAGCGCGUUAAUACAAGCGCUCCUCGCGGCCCAAUGCGCUAUCUCGACGCCCGAGUUGUGGCCACCCGACUACGCUAAUGCAUUGCUGGGCCGCACUGAGCCAGACGAGUAUGAUUUUGUGGUGGUUGGCGCAGGUUCGGCGGGCUCAGUAAUAGCCAGUCGGUUAAGCGAGAAUCCAGCGUGGAAAGUGUUGGUGUUGGAGGCAGGCGGUGAUCCGCCGCAAGAAUCUGAGGUGCCUGGCAUUUAUUUUUCAUUGAAGCGUACAAAUACGACUUGGAAUUAUUUAACGGAGUAUAGCGACAAGGCCUGCUGGGGUUUGGUUGAUCAGCGCUGUUAUUGGCCGCGUGGUAAAAUGAUUGGUGGUUCGGGUGGUGUUAAUGGUAUGCUAUAUGUGCGUGGGCAUCGUGGUGAUUACGACAGCUGGGCUCAGGCCGGUAAUGUAGGUUGGGGUUGGAACGAUGUGCUGCCGUAUUUUGAACGUUCCGUGCACCCAGUGGGCAAUAAUACGCAUCCUCGGGGUUAUGUAACACUCAAUGCAUUUCCAGUUAACGAUCCGGAUAUAGAACAAAUGAUCUAUGCAGGCACCGCAGAACUGGGCAUACCACGUGUACACUUAUUCACCGACGGCAGUGAGACCGGGUAUUCCAACUUACCGGGUACGAUAAUGAAUGGGCGUCGCAUGAGUCCUGGCAAGGGACAUCUGGCGAGUGCUGCUAAGCGCCCAAACUUGCAAGUGAUUAAAAAUGCACACGUGACCAAACUGAAUUUCGACAAGAGUGGUAGAAAUGUACGCUCCGUUAGCUUCACUGUGCGAAAUGAGAGAAAAAUGCGCGUGAAUGUUGGUAAGGAGUUGGUUUUGUCAGCGGGUGCAAUUGAAUCACCAAAACUUUUAAUGCUGUCUGGCGUUGGACCGGCAGCGCACUUAAAGACAAUGCAGAUACCACUCGUGCAUGAUUUGCCAAUCGGUGAUAAUCUGUACGAUCACGCACAGGUUGUGACUUUCUUAAAACUGAACGAAGGUGUAGCAUAUAAACUUACGCCUCAAGAUAGCUUCGAUAGCACUUUCAAUUAUCUCAUACAUCGUAGCGGACCACUAACAUCACACGGCGCAGGUUCGCUCACCGGCUUCAUCAACACGCUUAAAAACAGCCCAUAUCCCGACGUGGAAUUUCAUCAUUUCAUUGUGCGUCGUGGCGAUUUCGCUGGCCUGGAAAUAUUUCUUCAUGGUCUUAGCAUCAACGAGUACUUUAAAGCACAAAUACGCAUCGCUAUAGAGGUUUCCGAUAUUUUGGGCAUGUUUAAUAUACUCUCAACACCAAAAUCCAGCGGAAAUUUACGUUUGCGCAGCGCGGAUUACAAGGAUUCUCCACUAUUAACACACAACUACUUCAAUAAUGCGGAAGAUAUGGCCACGUUACUGCGCACCAUACGCUUCCAAGAGCAACUAUUGAAGACCGCAGCUUAUAGAGCAAUGAAUGCUAGCCUAGUACUGCCUACAAUCGACGAGUGCGACACUUUUGAAUUGCAGAGCGAUGGCUAUUGGCGUUGUUACAUAAAAUAUUUCUCUGCCACCACCUAUCAUCAGUCGGGCACGGUGAAAAUGGCGCCCGCAACCGAUGACACCAGCUGUGUGGAUCCACGUUUAAGUCUACGCGGUGUGAACAAUUUGCGUGUGGUCGAUGCUAGCAUAAUGCCCAAAGUGCCUAGCGCAAAUACAAAUGCGGCUACGAUUAUGAUUGCCGAAAAGGCAGCUGAUUUCAUACGGCAAGACUGGCGAGAUGCGUGGCAGCCAGUCUACUAAUCUCGCAUUAUUAUUUAAAUGACAAGCAAGUUCUGAUCAUACCAUACAAACAUUGCGAAAAAGGGUAUGAAGACCAUAGAUAAAACAAAGCACACAAGGCAGAACUCUAAAUAAUUUUACAUAACCUUUAAUACCAGGACUAUUAAAUGGCGAAAUGAAGGUAAGUUCUGGAAAAAAGAUACUUUGUUUGAUUUAAAUGAAACGUAGCUAAACAUUACUUAGUCUAAAAUACAUAUACUAUAAGAAAAAGGGUUUGAAAAUUUUAGAAAAAGGCUGUAGAUAGUUACAUAGAUUGGGAGGGUAUGCACCGCGACCUUUGUUCUAUUGUGCCCACUGAUUCUUUCACAUUGUUUCGUUCAAUCCUAAAGCCCUUAGAAAAUUUAGAAGGCAUGAAGGGUUGAUGACAGACAGUCACACGGAGUUCAACUCGUUUCUUCAUCCUGUUCAUUUAUACUACUAUGAGCAAAAAUUGGUUAGACUUUCUUCAUAAUUAUACCCUGAGCAGGGUAUAUUAAGUUUGUCACGAAGUUUGUAACAUCCAGAAGGA